AUGGUGGAAAAGAACAAGUACCACCGACAAAAAGUUUUGUUUGCUCAAACUUCUGUGCCGAUGUCAUCUUCCAAGAACGAAAUGGCGAUCAUUGGAAGUGACAAGUCCAUCGACUUAUCUCGUGUUGAAGCCUUCCACAGUCCAGAGUUCGUUUACAUAAACAACCUUUUUCGCAAGUUUGGUUAUGAAAUUCGUGUUGCUGGGGGUGGUGUUCGAGACAUUCUCAUGAAAAAGGAACCGAAGGAUAUUGAUUUAGCAACCACAGCAACACCCACACAGAUGAUUGAUAUGUUCACGAAAGAGGAAUUGAGAAUUUUAAAUCGCAAUGGGGAGUCUCAUGGGACAGUUACUGUUCGAAUCAACGAUAAGGUGAACUAUGAGAUCACAACUCUUAGAAUUGAUUCAAACCAAGAUGGGCGUCACGCAAAUGUAUCUUUUACCAAGGAUUGGCAGUUAGAUGCUAGCAGAAGAGACUUAACUGUCAAUUCCAUGUUCAUCGAUGUCAGCUUUGGUGAUCUCGGGACAAACAUUACCGGUGAUGGCGCAAGAUAUCCCAUACGUGGGAAACUUUACGACUUUUUUAACGGGUAUGAGGAUUUGGAACAUCGGCGCAUUCGAUUCGUUGGUGAACCCGCGGAACGAAUUAAGGAGGACUAUCUUCGUAUCCUUCGUUACUUCCGCUUUCACGCACGUCUUGCCACAGAUCCUAACAACCAUGAUAAGGCUGCUUUGAAAGCUAUCGCCGAGAAUAGCAAGGGCUUGGAGAAAAUCGCUGGGGAGCGAAUAUGGACGGAACUAAGGCUCAUUUUCGGCUAUCCAUCUGCGCCGUCCCUGUUGCGUUAUAUGGCCGACACUGGCGUCACGGAGGCUUGCGGCCUGCCUGCGAAGCCGAAUUUAACGGAGAUGGAUAGGGUCUUUGCUAGCGGUAUUCUCGAUCGUCACGCGAAUCCUGCGACAUGUGCCGCCGCUGCUUUUGGUUCUAUAGAUGAAGUGGACACACUGAUUCAAAGAAUUCGUCCUUCCAUCCUGGAGCAGAACAUUCUCCACUUCCUUGUCGAAUGGAGACAGUCUCUGUCAGCCGAUGGCAACAUCAUCGAACGCCUGCAGCGCGAAUAUCUUCUCUCCCUCGACCAGACUCGAUUAAAACCCAUCUUUACCGAAGCAGUACGCUACCUCUGCACCUCCGACGACCUUGACGCCUGGUUGGCUUGGGAAGCACCUCGCUUUCCUCUCAACGGUAUCAUAGUGACCGAGAAGUGGGGCGUCAAGGGUCGACAACUGCGACCGGUUUUGCAGGGUCUUCGGAAGAUCUGGGUGGAAUCAGGAUGCAUCAUGGAAAAGGAGGCAUUGCUGGAUGCGGGGGUUUUCCAGAAGGUGUCGCAGAUGCCGCCAGAGGAGGUUGAGAGGAAUCCUAUUGUUCCCGCUAAACGACGAAAGCGGUAG